AUAUCUACACCUACAUCUUCAUCUACAUCCACAUCUUCAUCUACACCUACAUCUUCAUCUACACCUACAUCUUCAUCUACACCUACAUCUUCAUCUACACCUACAUCUUCAUAUACACCUACAUCUUUUUCUACACCUACAUCUUCAUCUACACCUACAUCCACAUCUACACCUACAUCUUCAUCUACAUCUUCAUCUACACCUACAUCUUCAUCUACACCUACAUCCACAUCUACACCUACAUCCACAUCUACACCUACAUCUUCAUCUACAUCCACAUCCAUAUCUACACCUACAUCUUCAUCUACAUCCACAUCUUCAUCUACACCUACAUCUUCAUCUACACCUACAUCUUCAUCUACACCUACAUCUUCAGAUACACCUACAUCUUCUACACCUACAUCUUCAUAUACACCUACAUCUUCUACACCUACAUCUUCAUAUACACCUACAUAUUCAUCUACACCUACUUCUUCAUCUGCACCUACAUAUUCAUCUACACCUACCUCUUCAUCUAUACCUACAUCCACACCUACAGCCACAUCUGCAUCUACAUCUUCAUCUACUCCUACAUAUUCAUCUACAUCUUCUUCUACACCUACAUCUUCAUCUACACCUACAUCUUCAUCUACACCUACAUCUUCAUCUACACCUACAUCUUCACCUAUAACUACCUCAUCUACACCUACAUCUUCAUAUACACCUACAUCUUUUUCUACACCUACAUCUUCAUCUACACCUACAUCCACAUCUACACCUACAUCUUCAUCUACAUCUUCAUCUACACCUACAUCUUCAUCUACACCUACAUCCACAUCUACACCUACAUCCACAUCUACACCUACAUCUUCAUCUACAUCCACAUCCAUAUCUACACCUACAUCUUCAUCUACAUCCACAUCUUCAUCUACACCUACAUCUUCAUCUACACCUACAUCUUCAUCUACACCUACAUCUUCAGAUACACCUACAUCUUCUACACCUACAUCUUCAUAUACACCUACAUCUUCUACACCUACAUCUUCAUAUACACCUACAUAUUCAUCUACACCUACUUCUUCAUCUCCACAUCUGCAUCUACAUCUUCAUCUACUCCUACAUAUUCAUCUACAUCUUCUUCUACACCUACAUCUUCAUCUACACCUACAUCUUCAUCUACACCUACAUCUUCAUCUACACCUACAUCUUCACCUAUAA